AUGAAGCUCAAAAAAUAUGACGUGUGUCCCCAGACCGACCACGACCCGCGCAACCCAGCCUACAUAGCAACGCAAGGCCCAUUGCCCCAGACGACGGCCGAUUUUUGGCAACUGGUUUGGGAGCAGGGCAGCGUAGUCAUAGUGAUGCUGAGCCGACUGACCGAGGAGGGCCAGGCCAUGUGCCACCGCUACUGGCCCGACGAGGGUUCCGAGAUCUACCACAUCUACGAGAUCCACAUAGUCUCCGAGCACAUCUGGUGCGACGACUACCUCGUGCGCUCGUUCUAUCUCAAGAAUCUGCGCACCAGCGAGACCCGCACCGUCACCCAGUUCCACUUCCUCUCCUGGCCCAACAACAGCGUGCCCAAGUCCACCAAGACUCUCCUCGAGUUCAGGCGCAAAGUCAACAAGUCGUACCGUGGCAGGUCCUGUCCCAUCAUUGUCCACUGCAGCGACGGAGCGGGUCGUACCGGCACCUAUUGCCUGAUCGACAUGCUGCUCAACCGCAUGUCCAAAGGAGCCAAGGACAUCGACUUGGCCACGACUCUCGAGCACAUACGCGACCAGCGGCCGGGGAUGGUCGCCACCAAGCAGCAGUUUGAGUUCGUCCUCAUGGCGGUGGCCGAAGAGGUGCACGCCAUCCUGAAAACCUUGCCCGCCGUAGCCGCUGCUGACGACAAAUCAACCGCUGUUGCUACUGCUGCUACUGACAAACAGCCCACCAAGUCCGAUAAGUAACUUUCCUUCCCUAUGUAUACCAAUUCACCGUUCUCUUAUUACUUUUUUUUUUUUUUUUUUUUUUUUUUUGUUGUCCCUUGAAUUAUCGGAUAUAACGUGUAUACCUCAAACUCGGUUGGCUAUUAUUUCGACUCCGUACGCCCAUUGUAUCGACGAGAUAGGACUGAUCGAUCUCAAACAAUUUAUGGAACUAUCAUAUUAGACUGUUUUAGUACGGGGUAUGAGUAUAGGCUUUUGCUUGACUUUUUGCAUGGGAGGACGCAUAUUUUAUCAUGUGUACAUGUAUUUUAUAUGUAUAUGUAUAUCUUGUGGUGACGAGGCAAAAUGUGUACAAGUCAUUCGGUCGAUAAACAUUCAAAAAUGUACGUAAAAAAGGAAAAAAGAAUAUCAAUAUGUUUUUUUUUUCUCUAUUAUUAUUUUUAUUUGCACGCUUGGUGCGUGCGUCAAAGCGAUUUUUAAUUUUCAUCGAUGAAUGUAUAAAAUGGAGGUAUACAGUAAUUUAUCGUGUAAAAUUGAUGUCAGUGAUGCACAUCAUCUCUCUGUGUGUGUACACUACUUGCAUGUCGGCCUAUAAUUGUAAGGACAUAUAUACAAAAAUUAAGGAAUCAACAAGAUCGAGACUCGCAACUUUUUGUGCAUUAGAAAAUCAUUAUACCUAUACGCUGAAAUUCACGUACUUUUAUUCGCUCUGAUUAUUGCAUCCUAUCGAUUAAUUCACGAUUUAUUUUUUACUGUGAGAAAAAUAAAGAAAGAGAAACUAGACUCAUCGAAAACAAUGUGUUACUGAAUGAGACAUAAAACAAAGAAUGCCUAGACGUUUAAUUGACGAACUUGCAGGAGAAUUCAUCGAUUUUUGGCUAAACACGUUUAAAGGAUAUAUUACUCAUGUACUCCGAGUAACGAGAAUCAUGAUCACGCUGCACAACUUAUGUAAUAUGCGUAUGUGUGUACUAUACUCGGUGCAAUUAUUAAUCACGUAAGAGUGUACGGUACUAUUUCCUAUUUUUUUCCUUCGUAAGAGCAGAGAUUUACUAUUUUUUCCCGUUACUUGUACGUUUGGGAGAAUUAGAACGGAGGUAAACUUUAAAACUAUAUAAACUGUGUAUCAUGUGCUGAAAGUAUUCCAAGUCAUUAUUUCAUUGAUCUAUUAUUGAUAAACAAUAAUAAUAUGUAACAACAUACAAUGGUGUAUAAUGUGUCCAUGCAUAAGUAUAUAUAAUCUAUAAGCGAGAGGACCAUGAGACAUGUAACAACUAUACCUUUCUACGAUACGAAUUUUUCAAUUAGUAGUGUCCUCAGCUUAUUUCUUUUUUUAUAUAGUUACAGAAAUUGUAUGAAUUUUUUAUA